AUGGCGGGGUCAUUGACUGAGAGAGAAGACAAAUUAAGUGCAGAUAAAAAGACAGAGCCAGGCGGGGCCCACCUGCACCGAGGACCCCCCCCCCCCCCGGGCGGGCCUCCCACGGCUGCAGCUGCCGCGCAGGGGCUUGUGGGGAUUGUAGUCCACAGGCUUCCUUGCGCAUGCGCCGUGAUCACGGAGGCGCGCGCUGUGGGCGACUUGUUCCGGGGCGCUGAGUUUGGAAACACGUGUUUCUUCAGGCAUCAGCUACAGCUCAACUGUCAUCUUCUAAAGCCUUCCCUCACUGCCUGGACCCGCUCAGGGUGUGUCGAGUCCCUGUUCUCUGUGCCUUUGUGCGGCUCUGUGGAAUGUCUGCUGCAGUGCUUCUCAGGUUCCAGUGAAUUCGUUUGCUCACCUCCACCCCGUGUUCCAAAUUCAGCUGCACCUGGACCUCGGUGCUCUUCCCCUCAAGAGGCUGAUGUGAGCACCUGGUCUCCUUGCGGCUGCAGAGACUCAGAUCAGCAUGAUAACCAGACUGAGCGAAUGAGAGAGGCGUUUGUGGGAGAGAGCUGUGUGGGCUUCGGCAGUUCUGCCUUCUCAGGAGCCUACCCUUUCCCAGAGGAAGACAGUAUGAUUAAGUUUCAGACAAGCUCACGCUGUCACCCGUCUGCCUGGAAACCAUCUUGCUCAAGGCCACAAAUUCAUGAGGAAGGCGUGACCUUCAAGGACGUGGCUGUGGUCUUCACGGAGGAGGAGCUGGCGUUGUUGGACAAGGCCCAGAUCAACCUGUACCGCGAUGUGAUGCUGGAGAACUUCAGGAACCUCAUCUCAGUGGGAGAAGGGAUUGAAAAGAACAUUUCGAAUCUUCAGGAAAAAGGGUUGAGUUACCUCCUGCAAGAAGUGCUCUACUGUUGGCAGAUUUGGACACAAAGGAUCAGUGAAUUAACUGUGGCUCAGGAUUCUGUCACCAGUCUUCAAGGAGAUUGUCCCCAAUAUUUAGAAGGAGAUGUCUCCCUCUGUGAAGAGUGGGCAGGAGUGUCUCUUCAGAUUUGUGAAAAUGAAAACUAUGUAAUAAAUGCCGUUAAUUUAGAAAACCAGGAUGGCGCGGCUUGGAAAGGCCCGACACAGACCCCAGAAUCUUGGAGGAAAGCCAUCAUAAUGACUGAGCCCCAGAAAUCUCAGGGAAGAUGUAAGAGAAUUCCUGUGGAAGAGACGUAUGGAUGUGCUCGGUGUGAUGACAGCUUCAAUGGGACCUCACGUGAUCUGGGUGAUUCCCAAGAAUGUAAAGGAGACGAAUCUUGUACAUACACCGCCUGUGGGGAAAACUUGGCUAUGAAAUCAGCAGUCCAACAACAUAAUGUGGUCCACGCAGUCUCACAACCUUUGAAAUGUAAUAACUAUGGAAUGGGCUUCAUAGAGGAUACAAAUCCUCAUGGUCAUCGUGGUGCUCAUAUAGGAGAAAAAUCUCAUAAAUGUGAUCAGUGUAGAGAAGACUUUAGUCAAAGCUCAGAUCAAACCCACUCAGAUGAGAAGCCGUAUGAAUGUCAGGAGAGGGCUGAGGGCUGUAAACAGAGCUCAGACCUUCCCAAAUAUCAGAAGGGCGCCUUGGGAGACAAACCCUAUAGCUGCAUUAAAUGUGGCAAGGGCUUCAGGCGCAUCUCCUCUCUUCACAUCCAUCACCACGUCCACACAGGGGAGAUGCCCUACAGAUGUGAGGUGUGUGGGAAGGGGUUUGGGUUCAGGUCCCUUCUUUGUAUUCAUCGGGGAGUGCCCACAGGGAAGAAGCCCUGUAAAUGUGAGGAGUGUGGGAAGGGCUUUGACCAGAGCUCCAAUCUGCUCGUCCAUCAGAGAGUCCACACGGGGGAGAAACCUUACAAAUGCAGCGAGUGUGGCAAAUGCUUCAGUUCGAGCUCCGUGCUUCAAGUCCACCAGAGGUUGCACACGGGGGAGAAGCCUUAUAGGUGUGGGGAGUGUGGAAAGGGCUUCAGCCAGAGUGCCCACCUUCACAUCCACCAGAGGGUCCACACCGGGGAGAAACCCUACCAGUGCGGUGUGUGUGGAAAGACGUUUGCAUACAGUUCAGUCCUUCACACUCAUCAGAGAGUUCACACGGGAGAGAAACCAUAUAAAUGUGGUGAGUGUGGUAAGGGCUUCAGUCGGAACUCAGAUCUUCACGUUCAUCUCCAAGUCCACAUGGGAGAGCGGCCCUGUAAGUGUAAAGAAUGCGGCAAGGGCUUCAGCCGUAACUCGGAUCUCCUUGCUCAUCAGAGAGCGCAUAUGGAUGAGAUGCAGUAUCCAUGUCGUGAGCAUGGCGAGGGUUUUCGUCAUAGCUCAGACCUUACUCAUCAAAGACUGCACAAAAGGACAGAAGCAUUAUAAAGAUAGUAAGUCAGGGUUCCGUCAGGAAAACAGAAGCCACUGUAUCUAUUCCAGAUGAUAGAGGCUUACUCAGCCGUUGGGAAGGCCGGGGGAGCGGAGCACAGGGACACUGCCACCCUUGAUGUCAGUCUACAGCACUGGAGCAGCUGGUUCUUCAGCAUUUCAGGAAAGUAUUGUGGAUCUCAAGAACUUCUGCAAAGCUCCCAUCAACUAUCGUGUGCUGUGGUGGCAAAGUAAGUGGUUCUUGACAAAUGGAUGGUUUGUGGCAGUAGCAAUAGUUAGAGGUCAAAUUUCCAUUAAUGGGUGUGCCCAGGAGGGAAAUUCUAAUUGGGAUGAGUACAAAUAGGACUUCAGUCCACCCUAAAUCUUUAGUUUUUUUUAGAGAGUCACUACUAGAAAGAUAUUCUCUGUAUAAAAAACAUUCAAAAUGUGCUCCGAAAUGAAACCCAUGUAAUUACUGUGGUAAGAAUAUUAGCCCAUCCUCAGGUUUUCAAAUCCGUUAGGUGCUCUAAACAGGAGAGAAACUCUGUAGAGGUGAUAUUUUAAGGGUGUGGCAGAGACAGUGCUGUGGGUUCAUCAUUGGUUCUAUUUCCUGGGCACAUAGGAAGACUCCAUUUCCCAACAGCCCUUGCAGUUACGAGUGGGUCCAUGUGAGUGAGUUCCAGCCAAUGGUGUGUGAGCAAAAGUGAUAGAAACCGCCUCCGGGCCUGGCCCUUAUGAGUGUCUCGUGAUGUCCUCCAGGCUUCUCUUUCCUGUCACGGUGACCUUGGAGGCUGUUUGUUCCAGACUGGAUUGAUGGAAGGUGGCACUCUCACCUGUGUUGGACUUUUGAGUAAGAAAUAAACAUUUAUUGUGUUACGCUACUGAGAUUUUGGUGGUUUAUCUGUUAUUAGCAUUGCCUCGGCUAUCCUGACUACUACAGAGGGAUUUAAUAGCAACAUACUUCAUAGUCAUUGGAGUCCACAUUAGAAAGCAAUGUUA